UCGGCUCUAUCCACGAUCUCGCGUCACAAGUGCAUGACUGCUCCGCGUGCAGAAAGUAACGUCUGUUGAAUAAACAUGAUCUCGUGUACUGGUUAUUCCAUCCCGGCAAAUAGGAUUUCAUAGUUGGUAGCUGAUGGUACAAGUGGCCCUUUGAAGGUGGAAGGAUGCAGACAAUCUGGAGGAUCUUCAUACUUUGCUUGGGACUGGCGGUCAUCGGAGUGUUCCCUUGCAGAAUCACCGAAUUCGAGUGCGCAAAUAAGCAAUGCAUAACAACAAACAAGUUCUGCAACGGCAUACCCGACUGUACGGAUACAAGCGACGAGUUUCAGAAUUGCUCUCCCUGUAACACAACAUACUACGGAGAGGUCGGCUAUACAUAUGAAUUGGAAAUUAGGAGGCCCGCAGAGAGGCAAAUGCCUUUUUUAUGUUUCUUGAAUUUCACCGCUGCCGGGGGCUCGUUUGGCGAUUUAAUUCAGAUAACGUUCGAGUCCUUCGCCGUGGGAACUUUCGAAUCCUUCACCACCGACGGGUGUCCCGACGGCUUCAUCUCCAUCGCCGAGGGUCAUCGGGUGAACUCAGGGGGAAAAUGGUGCGGUGGCGCCUGGGGAUACAGCGUUUACUACAGCGAAACGUCUAGUGUCAACAUGACGCUGGCGCUGAACAAGUUUUCACAACAGGAAAGCUCGGGAUACAGUUUUGAGUUCAAACUGUCCUAUAAAUUUCUCCGACUGAGCGAUGCCAGAAUACGUUAUGGCAAUGCCACACGAAAGUCGUACAGGGGAAAGCUUGCGGUAGGCACGUACUGCGACAGGCUUCUGGAGGGAUGUUCGAAGAGAACCUGCAGGAUACAGUCGCCGAAUUAUCCCGGCAUUUACCCGAGAAACGUCAGUUGUCAUUUUAGGGUCAGAGAGCGGAACGUUCCAGUGGGAAAGCACGCUUUGAUAUCGGUCAGGCAGGCGAAUUUCCACUACAAGGAGAACGUCCCCAAUUUCGAUAACAGCGACAAGGCUUUCAAAAUUUGGGAUCAGUGCAACAUGAUGCAGGACUACAUUGAAAUUCUGGAUGGCUGGGGGCAGGGUGCCACCACACUUGCCCAUUUAUGCAGUGGGGAGACAGUUCCACAGAUAAUGAGUAGUGGACCGGAACUGAUGAUUAAGUUUCACACGUCUCCAUUUGGAAAUCCUUUCCAUCCCCUACCCCUCUCCUAUCUACCAGGAUUCGAACUGGAAGUGGAGGUCUUCUUCGUCAACAAGGAGUCCCCCACGUACAUUGAGCACGGAAAACGAUGCGAAUUCCUCGUGACCAGCUUCAGAAACUCCACCGGAUACCUGGAGAACCCCCUCCAUUCCCUCCCGCCCAACACCACCUGCAACUACCACUUCCGCGGGCAGCCAAAAGAGGUGAUCUGGAUCUCUUUCAUCAAGUACCACGUGACGAACGAAAGACCGGACUUCAACUCCGGGGAUUGCGACGUCCAGCUCCAGAUAUGGGACGGAGACAUGAAAAACGAGAAUACGGUUCCCCUGAUCGGACAGUUCUGCAAGGACGACAAGCCGAAGCUGUGCGACCACACGCUGCUGAAAAAUUCGUCGAGACAGCCGAGGCCCUGCGGCCUGUCGGAGAGUUAUAUAUCGUCGAGCUCCGAUUUGACUAUUUCCCAGUCCAUAAGGUACGGCAGUGUUUUAUAUCCCGUCAGCUUCGUUCUACGUUACGAAUUUAUCGAUCUGGGCCAAGAAGGUGUUCAAGCCAGCAGGAACCCCUGCGACCGCUUGCUGAGGGGACAAAACGGCAGGGUCUCCUCGCCCAGGAUAACUUUUCUAUACGGCAGGGGAGGUCAGAAGGAUUUAAGUUGCACGUAUCACUUCGAAUCCACUGAACACCAAAAGCUAAAAUUGACUUUCUCCAAGAUAGGAUUCGGUAACAAGGACUGUCACACCCUAUACAACCCCGACAUUGACAGAUGGACGUGCGACGUCCGAUCCUACAACAAUGGCGUAGCCAACAUAAAGAUCUCGGAGUAUCCCUGGAAAGGGGUUGAGAUAAUCAGGGGCUGUCUCUGCCAAAACACGUCAGAACCUAUUACGAUCACCACAAAAACCGCGAAAAAAAUUAAAGUCACUUUCACCGUCACCAACAUGAUGAUUCACGAGGAUUACAAGAGUUAUUUCUUCGAGGGAAACUAUGAAUUCGUCCCGACUCACAACGAGAAAAACUGUGUGGAUGUUUGGAAAACCAGGAAAUUGAGGGGAUCCAGUGGAGAAAUAACAGUGAGGAACAGUGAUUAUUACUUGAGAAUAAGCGAGGACAACCAGACUGCUUCGCUAUGCAGCCAGCAACCCUGGUUGAUUGAGCCCGAGGAUCCUCUCAAUAAUUUCAUAUAUCUAAAAAUAAGGGGGGUGGAGAAGGUUGAUCCUAGAUUGUGUCCCAGCCAAAAUAGAAUCUUGGUUUAUCCAGGAGGUAAUAGUGAAGAUAUACAUAUCAUUUGUCCUUUUUAUCAAGACGCUUCAGAAGUUGUUGAAUUGUUCUCUGAAGGGUGGAGUCUGUUUAGUUAUAGGAAGAACCAUAACAUGAACUCCAGGAGUUUCGUUGUGGAGUUUCUGCAGAGGGAGAGGGGAAAUUUUGUUAUUAAUUGGAUGGAGAUUUCUAAGAAUCCGGCGUUGAGUAUACCGAGUUCGUUGCUGAUGAUUAGUCCACCAGAAUGCCCACACAGCUGUCCAGAACUAGGAGCCUGCAUAAGCUCUGACCUAUGGUGUGAUGGCCUUAGACAUUGUCCUUCUGGAAACGAUGAACAAGAAGCCAACUGCGCACUGAGAGGUGGCUUCCAAAUCUCUGUGUUCAACUCGAUAGCCCUCACAACCAUUGCAUUAGUAAUUUUUGUAACUAUAUCAGUAAUGACCUUUUAUAUGUUCAAACAUUGGAGGAGAGAACAGAAAAAUGUUAUAGUAACUGUUACCGAGCAUACUUUUCUUGAAUUCAAGAGUGGUUUAUGUUGAAUGAUAUCGAUUCAUAGGUGAUACCAUAUAGAAUAGACUUGUAUUCAUCUUAUUUUUGUUAACGAACAGUUGUGAUGUUUUUAGUACAAGUUUCAAUAACUAUCGACUGACAAUAUUGUAUCUGUUGUAUGCUAUCAUUAGGAGAAUGAAGUUUUUAUGGUCAAUAAAUAUUCUUGAAAUUUUUAA